UACACAGGAGGGGGCGGGGCCGGCUGAGCGCUGCUCCGGGGCUCUCACUACUCCGGAAUAUGGCAGCGAGGUGAGCGGAGGAGAGCGAGCGGCACCGGAGACAUGGAUUCUCAGUCUCUGGACAGUUGCAUUCAGAAGACCCUCUCCUCCCUCUACCAUCCAUUCGAAUCCACUGCUGCCACUGUGCUGUGCCAAGUCCUGGAUGUUGUGGAGAAGACAUACCGUGGAGAUGGCCUCAGUUAUCUCAUUGAUUUUCUGAUCCCAGCAAAACGAAUCUUGCAGGGUUUGCAACAGGAGGCUUGUUUACAGUACUGUGGACUACUGUUCCGACAUGCUGGGUGGCCCCUUUGUAUCCAUGACAAGAUUGUUCUACAGCUGGCAUCCAUUGACUGGAGACUUCUCCAGCCUGGAGACUUCUACCUCCAAGUUGUGCCUUAUUUAAGAAAGACUCCGAGAAUUGUGCUAAAAUGUCUUGCACAUGAUCAGCAUAAUGUUGAGGAGGUGGUGCUUCCAGAGGUGUCCUACACUUCUAUCUUCACCUUGGAAUGGUUAGAAUUCAUAAACUCUGAGCGAAUUGGGGCCUCUUUGGAGAAAUGUCUCCUGACCUGUGAUGACCAACUUCAUAGGGUGCCGUGGGAUAUGAUAGUUCAUCCUGAGUUUGUGAAGGCAAAACAGUCUACUGAGGAGUUGGAAGAAAUCUCCAAGAGCUUUCCCCAUGAAACUAAGGAGGGUCCGACCCACCUUCCCAUUGAGGAAUUGAUGGUUCAAGAUGAAGAAGCUGUUUUGGAACAUCCAUCCAUCAGCCAUGGCCAUACAGACUUUAAUAUUUUGGAAAUCAAAUCAGAUAGCUCCAGUGAGAUUGAAGGAGAAUAUGUGGAGCUCUGUGAUAUUACAUUGCCACGUUUUGGCCCACAGAAGGGCUCCUUAACUCAGUCUAUUGCCUUAAACUAUAAAAGCCAGCACAAAUCGCACCAAAGAGAUAAAAACAACCAGAUUAUUAAUAAUCCAAACAGCAGCAAGUGCACUGGAAGUUUCAUUCACAGCCACUUGCAACCACCUGUCACAGAGACUAUUAUGGGAGCGAGUGUGACUCAUUACAAUACAGAUCAUGCACUUAAACCAGAGACAAUACAUCUGGUGGACAUUGAAUUUGGGUCAGGGGAGUCCUCGAUACCUGACUGUACACAAAUCUCCAUUGACAAUGGAACUAAGAGUUUCCAGCAAGCCUUCAGUCUUGAAAAUGAGGCCUUGUCAGAGAUACAACACAAUGUUAUCAUUGAGACUGAUAACCACAGACAAAGGUGCGAGCAGCCAAGUUCAGUGCCAGAUAAUAAUAGCACAUCACUAUCGUUCCAGGAGGAAAGAAGAAGCCACUUUGGAGAGGUCACAGAGGAUGCCCAGGGGGUGACAAAUGCUUCACAGGAACCUCUGUCAGAGGAUUCAAGGACACAUGGCAGUCCAGAAAUAGAAGAUGGUGAAUGUUCUAACCAAGAACUUUACAAAAUUUGUGCAUCCCAUCCCAACGAGAAAAAUGACCAAAUGGUGCCUCAACUACAAGACAAUGAUGAGUCUCCCCAAGAAAACAUAGACAUUAUGGACAGUUCAGAAAACAUGGACACUGUGCAGGGUGCACAGAACAUUGACAAUGUGCAGAGUGCAGAAAACACAGACAAUGUAAGUGGUCUUAUUGAAGAAAUCAUAGACAUGGACAGAGAGGAGAAAUUAGAAACAAAUGACUGUAUAGAGGGUACCGAAUACCCGGACAACGUGGAGGGUGCAGAAAUCAUGGACAUUGUACAUAAUGUCAGUAGAAAAAUCAUAGAACCACAUCAUGUGUUGCCAGUAUCUGAUGAAGGGUCGCAGUCUGGAGAGUUUAUUGACCAAAAUGUACAAGCUGUGUCUAAUGCUUAUGAUGAGCAGCUUCAUCCAGUAGACAUUGUAUCGAUAAAUGGGGAUGCAGAUGACCUGCCUGUACAAACAAUGGAACAAGCCAAACUAGAAUUGCCUUAUGUAGGACAUGAAAUUCCACCAAGAAGUCCACAAUAUACCAAGCGUGCCCAAUCUCCACUAACACAACUACCUCUAGAGACCCUGCAUGAAGAUACAGAGGAGGAACAGGGUGUUACAAGUGAAGAGCCUGCAGGAAGGGAUGUUUCUCCCCUGGAUAUAAGUAAGAGAGGACACUACAAUGACGAGGAGAAGACGCCAGAAAUUCACCCAAAGAGAAACCCAUCACCCUUAUGGCCACACAGCCUCAGUUCCCCAAGUGUUUGUAGAAGAAAUGAGAGUCAGGCCUGUCCCUGUCGGGUGAAGGAUGUUAAUUUAGAAGUACUGAUGAGCGGCGUGGUCUAUCUGCCUGGAACACGAGACAGAAGCGGACGGGCUCUGGUGAUAAUCAACACCCGUAACACAUGCUGGUUAAACCCACACUGCAACAGCUCUGAACUGGGGCGUCUCCUAUUGUACUUCUACAGCACUGUACGGAGAGAUUGCAGAGCUCUGGGUCUGACAAUGUUGGUGGACGCUCGACGGUGCUCUCCAGUACCAGCCUUAUUUAAAGCCAUUCAUAUGGUCCAGGCUGCUAUUCCUCAUUGUAUCCAUGGAGUAUUACUUUUGGCAGAGAAAGAUCUUGUCUUGUCUUCGGAGAGACCACAUGGAGUGCAGUUUGAUGUUCUCACGUCUGCAAAGUCCUUGCACAAGCAUAUAGAUGUCUCACAGCUCCCACCCACAUUUAAUGGAACAUUCCCGUACUGUCACCAGGACUGGCUGACAUUCCGCACAAAGUUGGAGAACUUGCAAGACAGCUGCCGCGAUGCCUGCAUCUUUUUACAUAAUGCCAUCCAGAACAUGCAUGUCAGCUCUCUGCCCAAUAAAGCUGAGGAGGCCAGUCUGCAGCUGACACGUUUGGGCCAGUUGAUGAAGGCCGUUUUGGAAGAUACAAGACUAGUGACACUGCAGACAGAAGGGGGCGCUGUGCUGGCCAGACUGAGGAAGGAGGAGUCAUGUGUAUCUCUCACAGAUGAUUACAGGGAGGCGGUGGACUUUGCGGCAGAGCUGUAUAACAGGGUAGAUGAAGGCGUACACAGUCUUGUGAAAAUGUCUAACCAGCACAUACAAGAGAUGGAAUUGGUCAUUGACUUUGAAGCAUUUGAAGAGCGGUUUCAGGAGGUCAACGGGUGGAUAGAGAGUGUUGGUGAGCGUUUACUUGAGGAGUGCAGUGUCCUUGAAGAUUCUCUGGAGGUUCUUCUUCAGACCCAGAGACACUACAGUGAAUUUGAUGGUGUGGCAUGUGAGUACUGCAGACGUGGUCAGGAGCUGCUCCAGACAAUGGACCGUUGGCAGAACUUCACCUCUCCUGACGUUCAGAAGUACAUGGUUAGGUUGCAGAAGUAUAAGGAGAAGAUUGGUGAGUUCUCUAGGAGACUUAAUGAGUGCAGAAGCAGGCUGGAGAAGACCGUCAGACUCUAUCAGUUCUUUGACAAGGCUUAUGAAUGGGCACUGGAUGGAAUGAGACAUCUUGCUGCUAUCAGUUUGGAUGACUGUAACUCCCCUGAGCUCUGCCUUGGUGCCCUUGGGAGUCUUGAGAAGUACCAAGUGCAGCAUCCAGUGAUUGAAGAGAAGAAGUUUGAAGAGAUGAGGGAGCUUGCCUAUGAGCUGAAGAGUGAGAAGGGGGUAAAACAAUGGAAGUUUGCCUUGUCAAAGUGUCACGAGGUGAGGCAAGUUUUUGAGAAGAAACUUGAAGCCGCACUAAGGUCAAAAAGCAUGGUGUCAGGAGAACAGAAUUCUCUGAGGGGAAGACUUUCAGAGGUUGGAGAUCAGAAUGUACAUUCAGAAAAGAACAUGAAUGUGUCGUAUAUUCAAAAUAAGCCGCUUAAGUCCCCUGUCUGUGGCAGGGAGAGAAGACUUGGGAGAGUUCUAUGUCACCGACCUGAUGUAGAUCCAACACCCUUCAGAGUUAGUCCACCUGGUUCCAGUGCAAGUUCUGUUGCAUCAUCAUCAGGGUACAGAGUGCGUAAACUGUCCCUUCAGAGUUCUCCCGGGGAGGACCUUCAACUCGAAAUGAUUCACCAGGUACCUUCUGGGUGCUCAACCCCUACACCAUCCCGCCCAAUGGGAAGAAGAUUGCUAAGAAAGGCUCAGAGUUUUGACCUUCCUGGUACUGAUGUAAUCAGCCAUGGUUGUCAGCGGAGACUCAGUGAGCCUGCCAGAAGAGGAAACACUGGUGUUUUCAUUAAAGGACUGGAAGUGAGCAGCACAGAGCUAGCAGAGCAUCCAUGCAGCCCCAGACUACCACUGUCUAUGGACUGGUCAGCAGAACGAAUGCUGAGCGAUAGGAGAAGUAGUGUCUCCUCAGCAGAAGGAAGAUGCCGUAGCAGUAAACUUCGACAUAUCAUCGAUGAAAUGGUCACUACAGAGAGAGAAUAUGUCCGAUCCCUGUGGUACAUCAGUGAGAACUACUUUCCUGAAAUGGAUCGUAUAGACCUCCCACAGGACCUUCGGGGAAAGAGAGGCAUCAUAUUUGGAAACCUGGAAAAACUAAGGGAUUUUCACAGCCAGUAUUUUCUGAAGGAGCUGGAGAGCUGCUGCAACCAUCCUCUAAGAGUCAGCCACUGCUUUCUCAGACAUAAAGACCAGUUUGGGAUGUAUGCUCUGUAUAGCAAGAAUAAGCCAAGAUCAGACUUACUACUUGCUAGUCAUGGGAACAUAUUUUUUAAGAACAAGCAACGACAGCUGGGAGACAAGAUGGACCUGGCAUCGUACCUACUGAAACCUAUUCAGAGAAUGAGCAAGUAUGCGCUUCUCCUUAAAGACCUGAUUAAAGAGUGUGGGGAGGCACAGGAGCAGGAGUUGGCUUACCUGCGAGCAGCUGAGGAAAUGGUGAGGUUCCAGCUGCGUCAUGGCAACGAUCUUCUGGCAAUGGAUGCCAUACGGGACUGUGAUGUGAAUUUAAAGGAGCAAGGACAGCUGGUGAGACAAGACGAGUUCACGGUGUGGCUGGGCCGAAAGAAGUGUCAAAGACAUGUCUUCCUGUUUGAGGAUCUCAUCUUAUUUAGCAAACCCAAGAGGAUCGAGGGAGGGUUAGAUGUCUACAUUUACAAGCGGUCAUUUAAAACAGCAGACAUUGGUUUGACUGAAAACUCUGGAGAUAGCGGUUUGCGCUUUGAAAUUUGGUUCAGGAGACGGAAAUCCAAUGACACGCACAUUCUUCAAGCGAGUAACGCUGAAAUCAAACAGGCAUGGACAUCCGACAUUGCCAAAAUCCUGUGGCAGCAAGCAAACAGGAAUAAAGAGAUCCGCAUGCAGGAAAUGGUUUCUAUGGGUGUGGGUAACAAGCCAUUUUUGGACAUCAAGCCAAGUGAUGCAGCAAUAAAUAACCGUGCUAUAGAUUAUAUCAUGAAAGGGAGAGGAGCAAGGACCAGGGCCUCAAUUGCAGUGUCCUUAUUUGACCAUUCUGAUCCUUACAAGAGAACUCAGGCUCCAAUAACAUGCAGCUCUGUACCUUCAGCCUGUGGCCCUUCUUCUGCUUCAUUGCUGGGACCUCUUAACUUACACAUGUAUGUCAACCAGACACUUCUGCCUGGAGUACUGUCCUCUAACAGAUCCUUUGAGACCAGCAGUUGCUUAGAGGAAGAUGAACUGGAGAAUGAGACAAGCUACAGCCAGCCAUCUAUGACCACAGAGAGCUCAGAGUCCUCUCACUGUAUGUCUGGUGGUGGAUCCAGUGGCUCAGACAGUGGAUGUGUCUCCAAUAUUCCCCAGGACAAUAUGUCUGAAGAUGCUGGAUCUCCAUGUGAUGCCUCAGCACAGUACACCUUUCCAGAAAGGAGGAACAGCUCCAGUAUCACCUCACCAGUUGCAGAAAAAUCUAGAUUCAUCAAUCGCCAAUACAUCUCUGCAAAUGCAAGCCACAUUUCCCUAAGUCCUUCCACCAUUGUCUGAAAUUCCUCCUAACAUUCAGUAUGAACAGGUCUUCAGUGGUUGGACACUGGACAUGACAGAGCCGCAACCUCACGGAUAUCCGCUCUUCUUACAGACAAGAUAGUGACCUGCUAAUGUGUAAUAUUUCUUGAUCCCUGUAUAUAGUUUAUUAUCAGCUGUCAGUUUGUUGCUUCAUCUCAGUGACAGAUUUACCUGUUAAGCUGCACAAUUUGUACAAUUUAUUAAAAAGAAAAUAGAUUCUGUAUUUAAUAAGAAAACUCUUUAUGUAAUUGUUUUCAAGAUGUUGAACUGGAAUCUGAUGUGCGUCGUAUUUUGUUAUAGUUUUUCCGAAACUGGAAAUAAUUUAUUUACUGGAGGUAAAGCUCGAAUCUGAAUAAAACAGGUUUGUUCCACAUGUCUCUUUCUGUUUCUUUAAAAAGGUGUUGAUUUUAACAGUGUGAUAGUCAUCCACACUACACAGAUCUCAGGAUAGAAAAGGAGUUUUGUAUUGAAGCUAGUACUUUUAAUUUUAUUUCAUUCAACCAAAAUCCUGAGCAGAUUAACAUUAACUGCUAAAUCAUCCCCCUAUGAAACUUGAAAAGAAUUAAAGGGGUUGUCAGGUGGGAAUAAACUUUUAUCUAUGGGCAGAGGCUUGCUAUUAA